AUGAGUAAAACAAUUAUUGUCCUUAUUUUAGCCUUUGCUUUAUGCUCAGCCUCAGUUAUCCGUAUUCCUAUCAAGAAGAGAGCUAGAACUGAAUUAUAAGAUGAAAUCUUAUACAAAAAACUCGAACGUAAAGAAAGAGGUUUCUUGGAUCAAAUUUUAAACUCUGAUGAAGAUAUACCUAGUUAUCCUGAAAUCAAGGUUUAAAACUACUUGGAUAUGUCAUAUUAUGGUGAAAUUUCUAUUGGUACUCCUCCUCAACCAUUUGUCAUUCUCUUCGAUACAGGUUCUUCUGACUUGUGGGUUCCUGGAAAACCUUGCAUUUCUUUACCUUGCUUAGUUCACCCUAAAUUCAAUACUCAAAAAUCUAGCACUUACAAUGAAAGCGCUUAAAAAUUCUCACUCGUUUAUGGCUCUGGUGCAGUAACUGGUCAUUUAGCUACUGAAACUGUUACUCUUGGACCUCUCUAAGCUUAAAAUGUUACCUUCGGUUUGGCUAAAACCUUGACCUCUGCCUUUGAAACUACCAAAUUUGAUGGUAUAUUAGGUUUAGCUUAUAAGGAAUUAUCUGGCUUCAAAGCUAACACUUUCUUUGAUGAGUUAGUUGCUUAAAAGUAAGUUGCCAGUAACCUUUUCUCUUUAUAUUUGAGCGACAAAGAAAACAGUGAUGAUUCUGAAUUAAUUUUGGGUGGAAUUGACUAAUCUUAUGCCUCUAGUGAAUUUAAGUUCUACCCUGUUAUCCUUAAGGCUUGGUAUGUUAUUGCUGCUAACUCAAUCUCAGUUGGCAACCUCAACUUAUAACUUGAUUCUAUGAUAGUCGAUAGUGGUUCUAGUGUUGUUUUUGGUGUUCCCGAGGUUAUCAAUCCUAUCAUUCAGCUUUUCCCUAAAAACAUUGAUUGUGGUUCCAUUAGCUAAUAUCCUAAUGUAACCAUUAAUAUUUCUGGUGAUGACUAUGUUCUUGAACCUGUUGACUAUAUUGUUCAAAUCGAAUAUAAGGGAAGAACCCAAUGUUAACUCGGUUUUGCUGCAACUAAACUAUCUAAGCAAUUAGGUAAUGCCCUUAUCUUAGGUGACACUUUCUUCAGAAAGUAUUACACAGCUUAUGAUAGAGAAAAUAAUCGUGUCGGCUUUGCUAUUGCUAACCAUAACAAUAACAAAAAAGCUUAAAAAUUGAUUUGA